UUUUUUUGCUUUUUACAUCCACCCGCUCAAGGAACCUUCCCUCUCUCAGACGUGCGCUAGACGAUCAUCGCCCAUAGGCCAUAACCACCGGCCGAUGACACUUAGCCUCAGAUAAUAAACGGUGAACGAUGUGGAAUUUAAAGGGUAUGAGCAACAAGGGCUUCUCAUGGCUGGUGAGAUCUUUUUCAGUUUCAUGCAGAGCACCAAUAGACAUGGCUGCUAAAGAUGGUGAACUAAGGGUCUUCAUAGUUUCAGGAGAGGUUUCUGGAGACACCAUAGGUUCUCGUCUCAUGGCUUCUUUAAAAGGGAUUUCCCCCUUUCCUAUUCGUUUUGCUGGUGUUGGAGGGCCCAUGAUGUCCAAGCAAGGAUUGAAACCUCUUUUCCCUAUGGAAGACAUUGCAGUAAUGGGGAUCUGGGAGUUGUUGCCUCAUCUGAAUAAGUUCAGAAUGAGAUUGAAGGAAACAAUAGAAGCUGCUUUCCUAUUUCAGCCACAUGUUGUACUGACAAUUGACUCCAAGGGGUUCUCCUUCCGUUUCCUGAAGCAGCUAAGGGCUAGAUAUAGUCAGCAAGGAUUGGUUAGUCCUGUACACCACCAUUUUGUAGCACCAUCAUUCUGGGCAUGGAAAGGCGGUGAAGCAAGACUAAAAGGCCUGACUGAGUUUGUCGAUCAUGUCUUUUGUAUACUUCCUUAUGAAGAAGAAGUUUGCAGAUCAAAUGGGCUGGCUGCUACUUUUGUGGGCCACCCUAUACUGGAAGAUGUCUUGGAGUUGAAUUUGGAAAAGAAUACCCCACAAAGUGAAUGGAAGGUGAAAGGAAAUUCUGAAGACUUCCGAAGUAAACAUGGAAUAGCUCCAGGAGCCACGGUCAUCAGCUUGCUUCCUGGAAGCAGAUUACAAGAAGUAACCCGCAUGCUUUCCAUCUUCUCCAACACUGUGGAACUAUUAAAACAUUCCUUUUCUGAGUUGACAACAAUCAUUCAUGUGGCUCCCAAUCAGCAUGUGAAGGACUACAUUAGUAGGACCACUUACAACUGGCCUGUUUCUGUCAAAUUGAUUCCAGGAGGAUCUCCACACCUGAAAUAUGAUGCACUCAGUGCAAGCAGGGUUGCAUUAUGCACUUCUGGAACAGUUGCUGUUGAGAUGCAGCUGGCACGGCUGCCAUGUGUUGUUGCUUAUCGAGCUCAUUUCCUAACUGAAUGGUUUAUUUAUUGGAAAGCAAAGAUACCAUUCAUCUCAAUCCCCAAUAUUCUAUUGGAUUCUGCCAUUAUUCCUGAAGCUCUUCUUCAAGCGUGCACACCAGCAAAGCUUGCUUCAUUGCUCAUGAAAUUAACUCUGGAUGAAGGCCUUCGAGAAAAACAAAUUGUUGCUGCUGAAAAGGUUUUGUCUCUUUUAUCUCCUUCGCAAAAAAUCAUAGAGAAUCGAAUGCCACAAGAUUUGAGAUGGAAGUCUCCUGACUAUACCCCAAGUAUGAUUGGAGCAUCUACCAUACUAUACUAUGCAAAACCAAGAUGAAUUGUUAACCAUCCAUCAUCAUCCUUAGUUAAGCUCUGCACCCUAUUUUCUGGGCCACAUUGUAAUGAAGAAUCUCAGAUGUGUUGAACUUUUCAGCUCUGGAAUUUAGUGACAGAAGAUUACAGUUACUUUCUUCACUUGGUUUUUUAUGUAAUCUCAUCUUCUUGUUAUCAUGCAAGUACACAGGGAGCAACAGUAGUGGAUCAGUCUUCAAGAUUUGAAGCCAAUUUACUUCUUCAAUUCUCCAAAAAGUCCUAUAGUUUAAAUCUAAUCCCAUGUCUCUUUGGUUUGCUGUCCAUGAUCACUUUGUCCACCCUCUUUGUUAGGGUUCAGCAAUAACAUUGACUGUACUUUUUUGAAAUCUAUAUAAAAAAAAUCAUGUUACAUAUA